AUGAAGGGUGGAGUUAUCGCAGUUAUCGCAAUUCUUGCCGUUUUCCAAUUGGCCGUUCAACACGGGCAUGCAGUUACAUGCGGUGAGGUGGACGUAUCUCUCAUGCCGUGCAUUAAUUACCUAAUCGGGCACGACAGCAGCCCAUCACCGGCUUGCUGUGCAGGGGUAAAAGCGGUAAAAGGGAUGGCUUCGACCACAGCCGACAAAAGGACUUGCUGUGGCUGUGUCAAAGCUGCCGCUAACCGCUACACCGACUUGAAAGACGAGGCGGCUCAGAGUCUGCCCGCCAAGUGUGCCGUUCAGCUCGACAUUCCUAUCUCUCGUACUGUCGAUUGUACCAAGAUAAACUAA